AGCAAGCGGUUAUGAAAAUAAUAGCUUCAUUAAAACUAUUAUUUUUCUACAGGAAAAUAUUUUUUAUCUUGACUAAUAUUAAAAAAAAAAAAUAUAUAUAUAUAACAAUAAUAAUUAAAGUUUAUACGUCUAUCCAAAUUGUAUAUAGAAAGAUCAGAAUCUUUGAUCUUAAAUAACAAUAAAUUAAUACUUUCGCAAGUGCAUGUUUAUGGUAGUCAAUUUUUUUAGAGAAGUACUUCCUCAACAGCGUGCUCCGCGAGUAUCGAUCGACUGACGCACAAAUAUUCUGUUAUUACCUGUUACGUUACCAUAACUCACUGGCGCAGGCGCCACUUUUCAACUGCAACUGUAUGUAACAGUUGCAGUCGGUUCAGUAGCAUCUGCGCGUUCCGCGAGCAAUCAUGAGUAGCGGUAAAUCUGUCAAGCCGUAUCAAGAUCCGAGCGAUUACAGUAUUCAGUUAAAUCGUUGGUUCCUGACACCAGUGGGCGCUUGGCCAAGAUCAGCUUCGACGACAUUCAGAGAGAAGGUGAUUUCGACGAUAUUGAUAAUCAUCUGUUACUCUCUAAUAUCCUUCACGGUCCUACCCUGCAUCUUGAACAUUCUAUUCGAAGAGACCGAUAUGCAUAAAAAAUUAAAAGCAAUAGGUCCGUUAAGCCAUUGGAGCAUGGGUGGUAUGAAUUUUUUCUCUCUGUUGUUUCGCAACCGCCAAAUAGGUCGUUGCAUUCAGCAUAUGAAGAUCGAUUGGCAAACGGUGAAAAAUAGUGAGGAUCGACAAGUGAUGCUGAAAUAUGCCAAAAUCGGCCGUUUUGUCGCUGGGAUAUGCGCAGUUUUUAUGCACGGCGGCGUAUUCAUGCACAGCCUGUUGCAGGGCAUUACACCAACGUUCGAAUAUAUCGGCAACGUGAGUGUGUCGGUGAUCGUGUUACCUUGUCCCACGUACAGCAAGUUCAUAGACAUCGGGCAGAGUCCGGAGAACAAGAUCGCGUUAACGAUACAACUUAUGUCAAGUAUCGUCGUCAAUUCUGUCACAGUUGGCGCCUGCAGUCUCGCAGCGGUGUUUGCCAUGCACGCGUGCGGCCAGUUGAAUGUGUUAAUGAGAUGGCUGUACCAAUUGGACGAUCAAAAACAGCAAAAUACGGUACAACGUCGUUUGGCGAACAUUGUGGAGCACCAUCUAAGAGUAUUAAGUUUUGUUGCACAGAUGGAAGAACUUUUGAAUCAAAUAUGUUUUGUGGAAUUGCUAGGAUGUACAUUUAACUUAUGUAUGCUCGGAUAUUAUGUCAUUACGGGAUGGAAUGUAAUAGAGAAAACAACGUGUUUGUCCCUGAUGCUCAUAUAUAUAUCUAUGUGUUUCAACAUUUUUAUAUUCUGCUACAUUGGUGAGGUAGUCACAGAACAGUGUAAACAAGUAGGCGAAACAGCCUAUAUGACAAACUGGUACAAUUUGCAUCAUAAAACGGCUCGUGGUCUGAUUUUAAUUAUUUCCCGAUCGAGUACCGUGAUCAAGUUAACUGCAGGAAAACUAGUUCAUCUUUCUAUUGCAACUUUUGGUGCUGUGAGUACACGAAAAUGUAUAUCAUGUUUUGUACAGUCUAUUACAUUUACGAAACGUUUCAGGUGAUAAAAACCUCCAUGGUGUAUUUAAACAUGCUCCGAACUAUGACGGUUUCUUAAGUUGAAUUACACCAGUUUGUACAAAGCGUUAGCAAAUUCUCUAGUUAACACCGUAAUUUAAAAUUAUAUUUGAAUAAAUAUAUAAAUUAUAAAUAAAAUAUAACAUUUAUUAUUAAAAAAA